UAAAUGUAUUAUGGUUCCCUGCAGUUAUAAUGAAAAAUCUUAUAUAGGUAUACCUAUGUAUCGUUGUAUCAAGUUAUUCAUUCAAGACAGACAUUAUUCUUUAUACUUACCUGAAUAGACAAGUUGGAUUUACAUUUUUUACCAUGAAAUUAUUUUUGCUUGUGGUUUGUGCUUUGUCAUUUUUCGAAAGUUUUGUUUCUGGUGAUCCUGCUCUAAAUAAAGAUGGUAUUGUCGGUGUCAGUCAAAAAAACCUCGAGGAAUACAUAACCAAAGCUCUUAAAGGAUUCAAGAAUGUAAUGUUGAAAGGCGACGAGGAACUGAAUUAUCCUAUUAUGGAGCCUUAUAAAUAUGGAAACUUUUCUCAGGAUUUUAUAGAUCCGUCCGGAAAAAACAAACAUAGCGUAAAAGUUGAUUUAAAAGACGCCGUUUUACGCGGACUUUCCAAUUAUUACAUAAAAACCGAAAUUCCCUACAAAUUAGACGGAUAUAUAUUCAAAGGCUUCAUGCCCGUAUAUGGCGAAGGACUUCUCAAGCUCUCUAGUACUAUGCAACAGUUUCAAGUUACAAUUGAUUUAGGUAUCGAGAAAGGAUUCAUUCUUCUAGAAAAUUUGCGUCUUGAUCGAUACGGUUUUAACACAGAUGUUAAAGUUACUGGUCUGAUGGAUAUGCCGGAUAAAUUCGCUACCUACGUGCUGGAUGACAUUUUGGACAGUAUUGUGAAUGAAUACGGUGAUAAGGCAUUGCAAAACUACAUGAGUGAUCUCAUCGAAGAGACAAUUGGUGGAAUGACUAUGGAUGAGUUUUUCAAAUUCCUCGAUCAUUUUGUUAAAAAGUACGAUAAAAAAUGAAUGAAUUUUCGUUAAUGUUUAUUAUUUAUGUAAUUGCCAUGAAUUUUUUUAAAAAAUACAUAAAUUUUGUAAAAUCAAAAUACGAAAAAAUUUUGAUUCGAGCACUCUUUUAUCU